UGUGGACGUCGUCUGGGUGGCGGCCGUCAGUGUGGGUGUUUCCUCACUCCCCGCCCACACCCACGCCCACGGAGAUGGAAUUAGGUGUUGACCCCUUGACCGAGAAGGCCUCAGGAAGCCCUCCGUGCAGGUGUGGCCGCGAUAAGCACGUACAUUACGACAGAUUAAUUACUUUACGAGCCUUCGACAAUAUGGCUCAUUGUCUUCACUAAACUAAUAACAAAUUACGUAUUCUCACCGUCCCGUGUCGUGAAUGACGUGAUGGACAGAUAGACAGAUAUUUGUUGAGUAAAUCCGUCGUACACCUUCAGGUUAGAUCAGUAGGUAGACAGUGCAGGUGUACAGACAACAGUGAACAGCAAGACGAGACGAGAGGUGUUAGUAGUGUGUGUGUGUGUGUACAAACGACAACGUCCAUAUUACAGAGAUUUUUAGAGAUGUAAACACCAGAAACAACGACGAAUGCUCGGCUGUUGUAACUCCUAUGGACGAAGCCACGUAGACGGUAUGGAGGGGACGGAGGCGCUCAGGAUACAAGGCCACAGUGAUCCCCUGACACAUCCCGUCGACUCAGCCCCCGUCAAAGAGACGUCCUUAGAUAACAGAGAGUUAGAGAACCUAAAUAAGCGUGAGAUGAGAACUAAUAAACACUCCAAUAACAAGAUCAGUGAGGUGGACGCCGCGAGUGACAACCCGGAUGAUGGUUGUGAGAAAAAUGAUUCCACGAAAGACGAGGAUUACAAAACGGAGGAGGAGUGGGCGAGCGACCCCCUCGACCCGCCCAGGUGCCUCGACCUCUCGACCAAGAGCGCCGAGUCUGGCGAGGUGGACGAUGUGUCGUGUAGUGAGGAAAAUAGUGUGGAUAAUAACACGUUUAAUAUAAUCAACACGGAAAAUUCGGAGAGUCAAGAGAUAAGCGAACUGACCAAUGACGAGUCUCACAAAGAACACGGCGAAGACGGACACGUUAAAGAAAAUGGGGAAUACGACCGAGGCACCCAGACUGAUGAAGACUCCGAGGAGGAGCUGUCUUGUCUCGAGGAGGAAGAUGAGGAUGAUGACGAGGAAGGUGAGCUGACGGAGGACAGUGGAGAGAGUGACUGUGAGGACCUGACUUCCAGAAGUGACGAUGGUGACGAGAGUGACGAUGAGGCGGAGUUUGAUAACGACUCCUUAGAAGACGGGAAGAGUAAGAAGGAGGAAGUAAUGGAGAAAGUUGAAUGUAAAGUGCCAAAGACUCUUCCCCUCCCUCUACCUCCCCCCUCUAGUCCUCCCCAGAGUGCCGUGGCAGGCGUCAAGGGCGGGGACCACAAGCCCUCCUCCCCGAAGAUUAGACAGAGACUCAGGUCCUUCGGUAAAAAGGACACAAGUGAAUUCAAAAUAGAAAUCUUCGAAUCGAAAAGAAAACCGCAAGACAUUCCCAGCAUCAACGUGCCGGACGAGGCCGUGAGUGACAGUGCUGGUGUGGGCAAGGCUAGGAGUGACAGCGGUUCAGUGAGUGACGGCAAAGAUCCCUUGCUUGCACCAGUCACCCGGGAAAAAUGUAUUGACCAACUGGCAACUGCGAACGUUCCCAGCCCGUGUUCGGACUUAACGACCCCGGAGUCGGCGGACAAUACCCUGGGCGUGUCCCUGGAUGUAAGCCAAGCCAUUCGCGAGGAGACCGACGAAUCAGACAGAUGUUCACCAAUGAAGAGUCCAGCUGAUGUAAACACGAGGACGCAACACAGUGCCGCAGGUGAGUGUGUACUGGAGGCGACACCACGCUAUUGGUCAACUGAUCUAACAGACACCGAGUGUAAGGCAGCGAUCGAGGACAACACGUCAACGGAGGAGCCACAUAUUACCAGCGCUCUCACCUCCACUACCUCUGCCAUCAACACCUCCACUACCUCCUCCUCCACCACAGACAGCCACCACAACCCCAACAGCAGUGGAGGCGGUCAGCAGGAUGGGGUGGAGGGACAGGAGGUGAGCACUAUAGAACCCAAGAAGCCCUUGCCCAUGGCCUUCACCAUCGAGUUGGGUGACGCACCGGGUGGCGGCGGCGGCGGCGUUGCCGACCUCAGCGUAGCCAAGAAGUUGGACAUAACCGCCUCUAUCAGCAAGUGGGCUCCCAAACACAGACGUAACCUGAGUCUGACCAAAGUCGAAGAACACAAGGUGGUGGAGAAUUUCUUUGACGAGAAUGGCAACUCACGGGCCAAGCGACGCAGCACCAUCAGUCGCCUUGAUGUAGCCUCUUUGUCUCAGCGCCGGAAGGUGGAGGAGCGUUCGGGAAAGCCCCCUGUUGGCCGGCCUCGGAGUGGAACCAUCGGAGCCACAGGUCUCCAGCAGGGGCGGCGGGGCGGAGGUUACCACUCAGAGGGCUAUUUCUCCUCUGACCAGGACGACGAAGGACCCCGCAGGACUGAUCUUAAAUCCCCGCACUCUCCACGUACACCUGAGUUACGAUCCCCGCAGACGCCCCAGAGAUUGGUCAGGUCCUCGUCACAAGACUCUGCCAAAGGGGCUAGUCUCAGGAUGCGUACUCCUAGCCCCGAUAAUGCUAGCAGGGCCUCCCACGCCAUGACCCUCAACGAAUCGGCUUCCUACUUGAUCGAGAAGUUGAUGAACAACACCCCAGAGUCCCAGAGGAAACAACCUGGUAAGACUGAAGGUCGAACUUGUUGUAAAGCCGAUAAGAAACCUACAGUGGCUGAGGUCACAGGCCGGAGCAAGAGUGAAAAGGGGACCAAGCAGAGCACUGUUAAAAUGACACCUGAGGGACAAAAACAGAGCAACAGUGCCAACAGUCUGAGCAGCUGCCAGACCUAUGAUGUGAAGCAGGAAUUAGAGAGUGUCGGUGGUAAAGAAGAGAAGGUUAGUAAUGAGGAUGACGUGAGUGAGGCAGGAACGUACACAAUAGAAAAAGACUCAUCGUCGCCGGAGGUAGAGCAAGCGAGAAACGACAUCGACCGAGUGUUUGGUGUGUCUGGUACCGAAAGUGAGGUUGAUGUGGUCACGCCCCGAGGAAACGCCCCAACAGAGGAGGCAUGGACACCUACCCCAGAGUCUGACAAAUUCAAGAAGAAGUCAGGACAGAGAGAAAAGAGUCCUGGUAGCAUAAGUCGCAGUAGUCCAAACUGGAUUCGACAGUGGGCAGCACAAGUAGCCGAGCACACGAAGUCCUCCGACGCCUCUGUCAAAACAUCAAUAGGGUCUCCUCGUGGCACGAAGCCUCCACUCGCAUCCCUCUCGUCCUCCCAGGAAAGUAGCGAAUCCCGUCCCCGGCGGAAACUGCCCACUCCACCCACGCACCAUCCACCUUUCUCAAUGGCCUCCCCUAAGGUUAAUGAUCUAUCUGACAACCAGAGUCCCACCAAGGGCCGGCAGCUACAGGAGCUUUUUGACUCCCCAACUCUGGGGCAACGUCAGAUGGACUACAGCCGUGACACUGAGUCCUUCCUCCGUGACACUGAGCAACUUGUCACCUCUCUCCAGGCUCGUAUUGACAUGAACAAAGGCAUUCCAUCGAGUCUCAGGGGCCUGUCCUUCGAAUCACAUGACUCUGGAGGAGAUUCUGACCUGGACACCAGCACUUCCUACCCCAUAAACGACGAUGACGACCGACUCGUGAAGACGAUGGGCUCCCAGCUGAAGACCAAACUCAAGCUUGCCGGCAUUGACGGUUCACCCAAGACGCCCCCGGUGGCGACCAGUCCCCGUAAACCAGAUCCACUAGCAGUGGAAACAAGACUGAAGCUGACGAGCCACUUCAAGAGGGAGAAAUCCAUAGUGUCAGACAGCGGGUAUGAUGUGUAUACAGCUGGCAAGGAAGAGAACAGCCUCCAAUCAGAUAGCAGUAGUGAAGCGAGUGAACCUAUUAAAGAUAGUCGCAAGUCCACUGACAAUAACCCUCCCCUCAAGUUCAAUAGAGCAUUUAGUUUAAGAAGAGCUCGUUUGGCGUGUGAAGAGUCAUCCCAGCAGCACAAGUCCCCAUCACCUGUAGACAAGAAGAAGACCACCACCAGACCCUCCAGUGCCGGUAACCUGACGGGGAGCCGCAAGAUUCCUCUCACUCAUAGCAAGAGUCACCAGGGUACUAGCCACAUGUCCCGAGGGGGUUCACACUCCCAGGCUACAACCCCCAAGAGCGGCUCCAACGACUUCAGCAGAGGAGACGGGGGCAGAUUUAGUUUGCGGCUGCCCCAUUCGACCUCUUCAACGACUGUCUCCAAGUCCCCAUCACGAACCUCUGUCAGAAAGGAGUUGUCUUCUGGUACCCGGAGAGGCGCCCCACGCUCCAACUCCACGCUGUCUGCCAAAGAAGUUGACUUUCAAAAUUGGAAACGGCGUAAAAACUAUGAUCCUAUGAAGGCUGCAGCAGAAGGCCGGAAGAAAGUUGGCGACAAGAAAUCUGAUAAAUUGUCUCAAGGAAAUACUCACAAUGAAUCAGAAAGAUCUCCAAGUCCUCCUGGGUCCCUCCUGCGCUCUGCAUCCUUCCACGGCACUGAAGGCAUGGGAGUAGCUGGUCGCUGGCCCCGGAGACCCAACCACCUGUACACUAGUGAGGAUGAUGGUCCUUACUCACUGGAGGAGGAGCAACCCCAUCCUGUACCUCACUGUUCUCCACUGCGGAGAUCUCCAACUUCUCCGCAUCAGCUGUCCUCCCCACACACUACCUCUCCAGCACGGCAGGUGACUUUAUCCUCGGCCCGGGCACGAAGAGCAUCAUACGCACUGUCAGAUGAGGGCGAAGGUCACAUUGGAUCUCCAACUAGAAAGACAUCACUGGAUGAGUCUGGCAGCGAGGGGAAGCGGUCACCACUGGGCAGCACCCGAGGCAUUGUGUCAGGCAGAUCUAAAGCUAAAAUGGAAGCUCUGGACAACUUGGUCAUAUCCACAAUUCACUCUCUCUCUGUGAAGGUUCGCACCACCUCAGAAACUCUCCUGCAAAAGCUUAAGUCUCAGUAUGAUGAGGAAGGAGACCGUGCAGCUCUACUAGAGGAGGUGUUGGCCCACCUCAGCGAGAGUGACCAGACCCUAACCUCAGGCCAGAGCAGAUCAACUUCCCGAGAGUUGGCUGGCAUCCUCCGUAACCUUAAGAAGAUCGAGCACGCAUUAGAAGUAAUUGACCGAGUGAUGGUGGGUAUUGAUGAUGAUGACCUGGAUGAUGAUGAUCUUGAUGGUGCUGCUGGCCAUGAGUGGGGGGAGAGUGACUACUGAGUUACCUGCUACACACCUGGCCAUGAGUGGGGGGA